AUGGCUGCAGUCUUUGCUGAAUCGGUGAGAAACUUCCGUCAGUUUGCUCUUUUCCUGCUCAGUUCUGCAGCGUGUGACCCUAUAGAUGAUCAAACUGAAGAGUGUAAACUGUUCAUCAACUCUAAUCCUAUGGCAAGAGGGGGCUCCUGGAUUGAACCGGACAAGAGAGGUUUUUACGGGUGGGACUCAAAUAACAACAAUCUAAUGGAAGUACUGGACAUGGAGAAGGAUCUGAGUGAACGUUUUCGCGAUAAGAUAAAGCUCAUAUUUAAACCCAAAAAUAUCAAUGAUUACCGCAAUAUCCUCAAUAGCCUACAAGAAUUAGGAGAGCCUGGUGUCAUAAGUGAAGGGAGGUUUAAUGAGUAUUGUGACUUUUUGAAAGACUGUGCAAAGAGGCGAUACUCAACCAUGAACCCCCUGGCCGAUACGGAAGAAGAACUGGCACAGAGUAGGUCCUGGUGGAUAUCUAGCUGGCUGCCCUCCUGGUGUCCCACAUCUCCCUCCCAUCUAAAGGAUGCAGAAGAUAGAAUACUCCAGUAUCUUAAAGUCCAGUUUAUCAGAAGACGUGUUCCCAUAUCCAAUGGGAACUUCAUUUGGACUCUGUCAUGUAACGCAGCGGAGAACCUAGAGAGCCCACCCGAACCCCAGACGCUACCGGCCCAUGCAGUGGGUUCUCGGGGGCCUGCCCUGGUUCUGCUGCAUGGUUUUGGAGGAGGGCUGGGACUGUGGGUGAAGAAUCUGGGUGCCUUGUCUCAGGGCGGCCCUGUCUACGCUCUGGACCUUCUGGGAUUUGGACGUAGCAGCAGACCAACCUUCAGCCACGACCCGCAGGAAGUGGAGGAACAGUUCGUCCGGUCGUUAGAAGAGUGGAGGACAGCAGUAGGCGCUGAGCUCAUGAUUCUACUGGGACACAACCUGGGAGGAUAUCUGUCUGCAGCUUAUGCCCUGAAGUACCCACACAGAGUUAAACAUUUGGUGUUAGUUGAGCCAUGGGGUUUUCCCGAGCGGCCCAGUGUUCCAGAAGCGGAGCGUCAGAUUCCGAUGUGGAUUAAAGCUCUGGGUGCUGCUAUGAGCCCAUUUAACCCACUGGCCCUCCUCAGAGUUGCUGGCCCCCUGGGUCCCAUUUUACUGCAGACCCUCAGGCCAGACUUUAAGCAGAAAUAUUCAUCUGUCUGUGAUGAUGAAACUGUGUCUGAAUACAUUUACCAUCUUAAUGCACAGACCCCCAGUGGAGAGACAGCCUUUAAGAACAUGACGAUACCCUAUGGCUGGGCACAGCGACCCAUGAUGCAUCGCAUUGAGAUGAUGGAUCCCAGAAUUCCCAUUUCAAUUAUCUAUGGAUCACGUUCCAGCAUUGAUGGCCAAUCAGGACAAGCAAUCCGAGAACACCGGCCCAACUCUUUAACAGAGAUUACUGUGAUAAGAGGAGCUGGACAUUAUGUAUUUGCUGACCAGUCAGAGGACUUCAACCAGACAAUCCUUCAAAUAUGGAACAGAGUGAAAGAGGGUGAUAGGAGGACAUGA